GUCAUUUUUUGAGCAACAACGCAACGCGGCUUGCUUGCUUGUUUUCAGUUUUUGAAUUGAUACUUGUAAUUAUGAAUAAUUCUUACUAAAUAGUGCAAGUGCAAUUUAUAUUACGCUUUGUUAUAAGUAAAUUAUUUUACAUAAUACAUUUUAGCAAUAAUGGCUGGAAGAGCCAAAAAAGCUGCAGCAGCCCCUAAAAAAAAUGGGUAUAAAAUGCCCGCUCCUAUUCCUGUUGGAGAAGUUAUUCACAAUACGAUCGCCAAAAAGAAGUGGCGGAUAGGGCCAUCUAUUGGUGUCGGUGGUUUUGGGGAAAUAUACUCUGCGUGUGAACAUGAAAACUCGCCCAAGAAGGGUUCUAACUAUCCGCUUGUUGUGAAGAUUGAACCACAUGAAAAUGGGCCUUUAUUUGUUGAAAAACAUUUUUAUGUCAGAAAUGCAAGCAGUGAAGAAAUAUCUAAAUACAUGAAGGCCAAAAAGCUGAGUAGCUUAGGAAUGCCAUCAUAUUAUGGAAAUGGAUCACAUGAGUACAAAGGCGAGAAGUACAGGUACUUAGUGUUGGAGCGCUACGGCAAGGACGUGUGGAGCAUCUUCAAGGAGAGCGGGCGCUCGUUUCCACCUGCUACGGUGUUCCUUUUGGGUUUGCAAAUGCUAGAAGUUCUAGAAUACAUACACAGUCGAGGCUAUGUGCAUGCAGACAUCAAAGGAGCCAACAUUCUCAUGGGCUUGCGGAAGGGCACAGAGAACCAAGCAUACCUUGUUGACUUCGGAUUGGCCACACGAGUUAAUGAGAAAGACUUCAAGCCUGACCCUAAGUCUGCACAUAAUGGCACUAUUGAGUAUACAAGCAGGGAUGCUCAUCAAGGAGUGGCAACUAUGAGAGGAGACCUGGAAAUCUUGGGUUACAACAUGUUGCAGUGGCUGGUAGGAGAAUUACCUUGGGAAAAGUCCCUCAAGGUGCCAAAGACAGUGCAAGACAUGAAGGAGGCAUUCUUGAAGAAUGUGAGGAGUAACAUCAUGAAGCAGUACAGCAAUGUUCCUGAUGCUCUGAUCAAAUUUUUUGAAUACAUAAACACAAUGAAACCAAAAGACGUACCUGAUUAUACAAAAUGUCGGCAACUCUUCGAAGGCUAUCUCAAGAGUGAAGGGAAGAACAGAAGUAGCAAACUGGAUUUUUCACCGAACAAAAAGGGAAAAACAAAUAAGAAAUUGUUAGAUGACGAAGAUGCCACAGAUAGUGAUGUUGGUAAAAAAAAGAAAGCAAAUGGUGUAGCACCUAAAGUAGUUAAGCGAGGCAGGAAACCAAAAGCAAAAGAAAUUAGCAAAGAUACUGAAUCUGAUGAGGAUGCAUCUGAAGAUGCAGAUUCUGCAGAAGAGGAAGUUGUUCCAAAGAAAGGCAAACAAAACGGGUCUUCACCAAAAGUUGUGAAAAGAGGUAGAAAACCAAAAGCAAAAGAAUCAAGUCCAGAAAUUGAAAAUGAAGAACCUAAUGAAAGCACAGAUGCUAAAGUAGUUAGUAAAAAGAGGAAAUCCUUGGAACCAGUUCUUUUGGUCAAAAUGAAAAAAGCAAAGCUUGCGCCGAAAGCGACGCCACCUGCCAAAAAGAACCAUGCUAACAUAGCGACGCAGACCUCGGGAGGUAAGUGUAGACGGAGUCCCAGGCAAGUGUCGUUUGACAGUCCGAUUUGUGAAAUUAUUGGCGAAAAGAAGCCCCUCAAGAUAUCCAAAGACGAUGAGUCUGUGAAUUCAAGUGGAGACAUUUUCGAUGAUUCAUUCACCAUAGAAGAGAAACGUAUAAAGCCCAAGAAGAGACUUUUGUCUGACGAAGAAGUGGUGGUUAAGAGAGUAGUAAAAAAGAAGGUCACCACAGUAAAGCCGAAAGGUAGGUCGUAUAAAGACUGCCCCACAAUUAUCAAUGGUAGAUCACCGCCUAAGUGAAUUGAGUGAGUAUUGAUAAGAAUAUGCUCAAAACCCAUGAUGAUCAUAGUAUUGUUAACUGAAAUUCAAUAGUCUUAUCAUUUUAAUUUAUUUGUUUUUAGACGACUCCACCUCUUGGACCAUUUAUGCACAGACCAUUGUAAAUCAGAAUUAAUAAUAAAGAGGCAACACAUUUUAGUAAUAAUAAUAUUGUAACUCAACUAAUGGCCUGUUGUUAAUUUUAAAUCAAUGAACUUACACAUUGCUUGAUUUUUUUAACGAAGUAAUUAAAUCUUUACACACUUUUUGCUUUUUCUCGCGUAUAUUAGAGUGCCAUGAUAAAAAAAUUUAGUACAAAGUAAUAGGCGAUGCUAUCAAAAUUGAUAUCAGCUGUACUGUCACAAAUAUAACCAAACACACAAGAUGCAGUCCUCAUUGAAAUUGUAAUUUUAUAUUUUUGUACGGGAUAUGGCACAUCAACCUUAGUUGUAAUAAGGUUACACACAUUACA